AUGUGUCAAGGGAGAGAGGGAGAGAGGGUAGGUGUCAAGGAAGAGGGUUGUCAAGGGAGAGGGGGAGGUGACAAUGGAGGGGUUGACAAGGGAGAGGGGGUAGUGGGGGAGGGGGAGGUGUCAAAGGAGAGGGGGAAGGAGUCAAGAGUGGAAGUUGUCAAGGGAGAUGGAUUGGCAAGGGAGAGGGAGAGAGGGGAAGGUAUCAAGGGAGGGGGAGAGUUGUCAAGGGAUAGGGUUGUCAAGGGAGAGAGGGAGAGGGGGAGGUGUCAAGGGAGGGGUUGUCAAGGGAGAGAGGGAAGGUGUCAAGGGAGAGGGUCAGAGGGGAGAGGUGUCAAUGGAGGGGGUUGUCUAGGCAGAGGGGGAGAGGUGUCAAUGGAUAGGGUCAGAGGGGAGAGGUGUCAAUGGAGGGGGUUGUCAAGGCAGAGGGGGAGAGGUGUCAAUGGAGAGGGUCAGAGGGGAGAGGUGUCAAUGGAGGGGGUUGUCAAGGCAGAGGGGAUAUAUGUGUGUGUGCCGGGUUGA